CAUGUAGAGACAGAUCACCUCCAUCAUCUAUCGACGAUGCAAUCGAGCUGUUUUCGCUUUGAGUCCAUUUGCUGUUUCACUCGGGACAUCUCCACCGAGAACUUACGGCAUUUUGCACAGGAAUUCAUGGAGAACAGUUUGAGAAACCCCUCAACUGCACAUCUCUGGUUCCAGCCCACCUGGAACCUACCGAGGCUGCUCCGCCACCUCAUCGACAACUUUGUGCGCACCCAGUACAGCCUCAACUACGAUACCUCCCUUCCCGAACGUAAACGUGGUCGCUCAAAAGGGAGCAUAGAAGUCAAGCCCGUGACAUACGGCCCACCUCCAAGACUCGGACGCCCCCCUGGAAAUGGGUACAAGCAGAGGCUGAAGUCAUUGUUGGAUGAGGAUGCAGGUCAAGGAGCAAGGGAUGUCCCCGGAAACAGGUUUCAUUUCCUGUUUUUUGUUGAAUUGGUACCAUUACUUUCGUUUUACUAAUCUGUUAUUGGGUCCCUGGAACAACCUUCGCGGGAUGAAAGGUCCUUCUCUCUAGGCACCCGGAUCUGGUCCAUCCGUUCUUCCGACACCAUCCCCACUUGGCAAGGGCAAGCAUACGCCCUCUGGCUUUCAUACCACUGCGGCUGCAGAGUGCGAUACAGCCCCCUGAUUCAUUUCUCGGAACCCCUGCCCCUCAUUUUACUCUAUUAACGGCUUUUUCGGCGCCGACGGAAUUCUGGGCACCGGCCCGGUCGAACUCACAGUUGGAACCCUCUCCCCACUCCUCAAUCCCCACCUUUUAUUGAUAACUUGGUCGCUAACGCCGUCAUCACCGCAAAUGAAAUCAGUGUUUCUUUCGAGCCUACCACUUUACCAUCUGUCCAAGCAUCCGUCAUUAGAGGCGAGCUUACCUAGGGUGGAACCGACAGCUCUGAGCCAAAACACCCUCCCCAACGGUUGAAUGAGAGAGGUCUGAAUCUUAGUCGGUGGCGGCGGUCAUGUAUGAGGUGGUAGCAAAUCCGACGCGACUGUUGGCGGUGUCGAAACUGAGUAGAACCUUUCAAGGAAUGCGUAACCGUUGAUAAAGUUGAGGCCUCGACCACUUAGAUCAUUCACAAUAAGGUAGAUUCGCCUACCAUAGCGGGUGGAUUGAUUGAUACGAUAGAUAGUAGUAACGUGUGGGGGAGGUUAACUUGUAGUUGAUGGGCUUUGAAGUUAUUUUCAAACCGUGUUUGUGUC